CAUCGGACAGUGCUUGAAAUAGUUAAAACUUACACUAAUCCGUAGAAAACACAAACAAUGGAUGGGGGGAGUGAAUACUCCAUACACUCUAUAUGUCGCACUUGCUUGAAUCACCUGCGAAACGAUCCGGCCUACGACCUGUUUCUGGUCCCAGGUCUCGCUAAGAAACUUUGUGUGUGCACUUCACUCUCCGUGGAACAGCACGAUGGGUUCCCCAAAAACCUUUGCUCCAGUUGCUACACCCGACUUAACGACUUGCAUGGAUUUCAAAAGCUUUGCGUGGAUUCUGUGCAAAGGUUUCAAGAAAUGGUCGCCAACAAUUAUUUUAUACCUGACAUGGGUAAUGUUGACAAAGACGGAUUAAUCUGUGCUGCGGUACACGAUGGGGAAACAGAGGAGGAUCGCAUCAACUUUGAUCCGCUCCUAAAUACUAAAAUAGAGGUAGUGGAGAAUGAGGAGGAUGUUUUUAAAAUGAUAGAUGAUGUCGACAAAGAACUUGAGCAGGUUGAGAGCAGUCCCUCCAGGAACAACGACAAUGAUGAUGAUACGCGUUUAAGAGAUAAUAGCAGCGCCUCGGAAGACGCCAUGCCCUUGUCCCGUUUACGAAGUGCUACGAGAUCGUCGAAAGCAAAGACUAAAAGAAAAAUUGUGGUAGAUGAUGAAGAUUCCUCUAGCUUUGAGUGGGGCAUCGACAAUGAUGACAAAAAGGACGAAGCGAAAAUAAAACCUAAACGUAAACGCAUUCCAAAAGCCGGUGUGCAACUGGAUGAUCUGAUUGACUGUCAUAUUUGUCAUGAAAAAUUCGAUAGCACAAGCCUUUAUAACGACCACAUGAAGCAUCACAACGAUCUAUUGCCAUUCCAGUGCACUGUGGAGUCCUGCAAGAAAGGAUUCACUACGUCUGGCGGCCUACGCCUCCAUAUGGACCACGCUCACUCAGAACUCUCUGAGGUGCACGCCUGCACUGUGGAGGGAUGUGGCAUGACGUUUCCUCGACCUGUUUUACUCACGUUCCAUUUGAAAAAAGUACACAAGAUUAUAACGUCUCGGGCACGGGAUCAUCCCUGCACGGAAUGCGACAAAGUUUUCCGCUGUUCAACGGCUCUUAAAAAGCAUAUGUAUAAGCAUACUGGCGAGGAGAAGCCCAUAUCCUGUAACAUCUGCAACAAGAGGUUUCACAUAAAUAGUGAGCUCAAGGACCAUCUUUUGCGCCACGCUGGGGUCAAGAAUCAUGUUUGUCCAUACUGCGGAGUGGGAAAAACAACGCGACAGGAGUGGAAUAAACACAUAUUGACGCACACCAAAGAAAAACAGUUUCAUUGUCUUCAAUGCGAUCAUUCCUCACACAACAAGCAGGCUUUAGCCAACCAUGUCAAAGUAGUUCAUAUGAAGAUUAAGAACUAUGCCUGUCAGUACUGUGGCAAGACUUUUGGCAAGUCAUAUGCCUGUAAGGUCCACGAGAGAAUCCACACUGGCGAAAAUUGCUCCCAGUGCAAAAUCUGUGGCAAGGUUUUGCUCUUCGAGAGGAGUUUGACAAAGCAUUUAAAGCUUCAUGAAAAGCGCGAAUUACGAGCAUCAGCGACUUCUGUUAAACCGCAGGUCGACGAUGAUGUGCAAAACCCUCAGAAGUUGACCCAAGAGGUGACCGAUCCAAUGGACACGAAACCCAUACCAAAAGAACAAACUAAGCCGACGAAUCCUUAUAGGCUUAAGCGUGUAGAUAUAUCCGAGCUUGCAGGUACUGCUGUUAAUCCUAUUUCUUCAGUGUCUGUGGAAUCCUGUUCACCGCUUGUCAACUUUACAAAGAAAGAAGGCCAGCACAUUUGUCCAGGUUGUGGCCGUGGCUUCAAUCACAUUGGCAAUAUGAAGCUUCACUAUAAGAUAAUACACUUAAAGGUGAAAGAUUUCGCGUGUCGCUUCUGUCCAAAGCGUUUUUCAAAAGCACAAAUUUUACGGCAUCAUGAAUGGACUCACACCGGGGAAAAACCGUUUGAAUGCAAGAUAUGCGGCCUACACUUUAGGCAGGAAAAAGUAAUGAAGACGCAUGUAAAAAGGAAACACGAGAAUCCGGCGAAACCUCGCAAGGAACCUAAGCCACAAAAAGCUAGUAAAGAAAAAAGGCCGAAGAUGAAUCUUAACAAAACACCACCUAAGAUUCUUGACGAGUACCAGGAUCCGGCUGCGGAACGGGCCGCAGCGACAGCUGCACUGCUCGCGCAACAGAUUCAGGAGAACGAGGCGAAGCGAAAAGCGGAGGAGGAAGCCCGAAAGAUUCAAGAGGCCGCAUGCGAACAACUGCAGAUGCUGCAAAAGGAACAGCUUAUCGAGAAAUUGUCCAGUGAUAGCUUUCAAGUAAAAACAUCCGAGACGGGUAUCAACGUGGAUGAUCUCAAAAAAGAUUAAGCUUAUUUAAAACUAUUAUUUAAUUUGUUUUAUAAUAUGUAUAUAGUAUUUUUUUAUCUAUUUUAUACAA